AAAGGGGAGCUGAAAUUCGUCAUUUCUCAAGGAGAAGAUGAAUGAGAGAGGAGGAGAUGCUAAUGGAAGAGGAGCUGUAGCUGAGAAGACAAGUGAGCCGCCGCCAUCAAAAGUUGAAGCUUUGGAUGGCUCCAACUAUGAGGAAUGGAGCGGACGGAUGAGGAGUGCCUUCAAACGCUACAAGCUACUGAAGAUUGCUGUUGGGGAAGAGAAGAUGCCAGAAGAAGGCGAAGCACGCGAACCGUGGAUUGAGAAAAGCGCGGUGCUUUUCGACCUCAUCCUUCAAUCGGUCAACAAGGAGAUGUUCGAGCACAUCAAGGAUCUUGUGGAAGCGGAUGAUUCGGGUCCAAGGGCGUGGAAACUACUACGCGAUGUGAUUCAGCCCAACACUCUCCCGAUGGUGAUCGUGCUCGAGAAGGAACUUGCUGCCAUCUCCAUGCGACCAGGGGACGAUGUGAAGCCGGUCCUUGACAAGAUCAAGAACACCUAUGCAAGGAUGGCAGCAGCGGGCAGCAGUGUAUCUCAGCUGCAGCAGUGCACCAAGAUCAUCUCGGUGUUGGACAACUCUUGGGACAACCUCAUCCCCACCCUCAACUCUCAGCAAGAUCAAUGGACACCUGAGUGGCUAAGGCAGCAGAUUCUGCAGGAGGACUUCCGCAGACGCCAUGUGGGAGGCGGUGCUGCCACUAAGACUGCUGAGGGGUAUGGAGCUGCAGGGCGCGGCAAAGGAAGAGGGGGUUGGAAAGGCCGAGGCCGUGGGAGAAGCUUUGGCAGAGGUAGAGGCCGAGGUGACUAUAAUGAGGGGCAUGGGAGCUCCAGUGGCAGGGGGAGUACCAGAAUGGAGGGCACCUGCUGGUACUGCAAGAAGGGUGAUGUGGGAUCUGUGGGAAAGGUUGUGAUGCACCCUCUCACGCACUGGGUGAUUGAUUCAGGUUGCACCAGUCACAUGACCCCACGGGCAGAUUUGCUUGAUGAGGUAAAACCCCCUGGGAAGAUUAAGUAUGUGGCAGCAGCGUCAGGUGCUUUGCUCCCCGUGAUUGGUGUUGGAAAUGCCAAGGUUAAGGGAGCUAAUGGGGAGCUUGUGGGGCUUGGGAAUGUUCUGCUAGUUGAAGGUUUGUCUGCUAACCUUCUCUCUGUGCGGCGACUGCAGAAGAGUAAGGCCGAAGUGACCUUUGGACCAACCAGCUGCCGUGCUAAGCUUGGGAAGAAGGUGCUGUGGAGUCUGGAAGAGGAGACCAGCUGCAUCAAGGACCUGUGGCAGCUGCCCAUCAUCCCUUGGAAUGGGAAGACUCCAACAGCAGCAACGGCAGCAGCGGCAAAGGCAACAGCAGGAAGAGAUGCAACUGCACCAACUGAUGGGGUCCUGGAAGCAGUCAAGAAAGUGCAGCAGCAGCAGACACAUGGUGAGAGGGAAUGCGGACACAAGGUGAAGGUGAUCCGCAGUGACAAUGGUGGGGAGUUCAUUGGAGCUGAUUUUGAGGGGGAGUUGAAGAGGAAGGGGAUCCAGCAUCAACUGACAGUGCCCUACAACCCGCAGCAGAAUGGCGUGGCUGAGAGGUUCAACAGGACCCUGCAGGAGGGGGCACGCACUCUCCUUGGGCGUGCAGGGCUGCCUGAUCCGUUUUGGGUGUCUGCAUUGAGGCAGGUCGCCCUUGUGAAGAAUAGGGUGCUGGCUACAGUUGGGGAUAAGGAGUGGAUCCCAUAUGUCAAGUGGUAUGGGAGUGCUCCAGCUGUGAACAUGCUGAGGGCAUUUGGGUGCAUGGUAGUGUUUCAUGUGCCUAAGGAGAAAAGAGGGAAGUUGGAGGCUUCUGGAAGAUGGGGUGUGCACUUGGGGAUUGCAAAGGAUCACAAAGCGUGGCUGCUAUGGGACUUGACCACCCAGAAGCUGACAGUGUCAAGGGAUGUGAAGUUUCUUGAGUCCCUGUACUACAAGGAAUGGAAGCAGCAGCAACAGAAGCUUCCAUCUACACCGCUCAUUGUGGAGGUAGAUGAGGUGCAGCAGCCUUCAAGACAGGUGGAGGUUGCAGUGUCAGAGGAGGAGAUGUCUGGGGUGACUGAGGAAGGGGGAGCAGCUGAAGUAGAGCAGCAGCAGCAGCAGCAUGAGUCUCCACCUCGAGUUCCACACCCGCCUGAGCGACCUAGGAGGGAUGUGCGCCCUCCAGUGAGGCUGACCUAUGGGGGAAGAGGCAAGCCGAAUGUGGUGCAGGCUGGGAGUGUGGUUGAGCAGAUUGAGGAAGAUGAGAUUGCAUUAUGCUAUUGGGCUGCAAUUCCUCAACCCAAGGUACUGACGCUAGCUUCAACUCAGUGAAAGCGGAUGGCACCAGCAUUGGGGGAUAUGUGUGCUUGCUAGGAGGUGGUGCUGUGAGCUGGCGCAGCAAGAAGCAGAAUGAGGUGGGAUUGUCCUCAUGUGAGACUGAGUACAUGGCCUUACACCAUGGGGCCAAGGAAGUGGUGUGGCUGAGGCGCUUGUUGGAGGAGUUGGGAGUUGGUCAGGAGGAGCCGACAGUUGUGUUCUGUGACAAUGAGUCUGCUGUGAAGCUCGCCAAGAAUGCUUGUCUGCAUGGGCUGACAAAACACAUAAGGCCUAAGUGGCAUUGGGUGAGGAGACUCCUCAAUAAGGAGGUGCGGCUGGAGAUAGUGAAGACCCAUCAGCAGGCAGCAGAUAUUUUCACCAAGCGUCUGGCGGAGGCGGAUCAUUGGAAGGGCAUGAAGCUUGCUGGGAUGAGUGUGCAUUGAGUAUGCAUGCUUGAGAUGUUGGUAUGGUGGAUGAUGGUUGGCAGCCAGAGGGGGAGAUUGUUGUUUUUUGUGAUGAUAGAUCUUGAGAAGAUCUUUCCGACGCAACGAGAAUCCCUUCAAUCGGAGCAAGAACGCGAAAGCUAUGAAGAUUCAAAGUUCAUGAGCUUGCGUUACAAUUGCGGCGGUUACUAAGUGAAGUUGUGGGGUGACUUUAUAUGGAGUUGGGACCUUUGGGGUUGGGGAAACUUGUCACUCUACUGUAACAGCUGCAAAUUGGUUGGGAACAACCAAGCUAGGUUGGCAAGGGUGGCCAACUUGGAUGGAUUGGUUGGGAAGGGACAGUUGGGGUUCCUAUAGGGAGGGAAUCUUUGUGCUUAUGGGGUUUCCUUGGUUGGGGACUCUCUUGGGACCUUCCCUCUCAUCCCUCUCUUCCUAUCCCAACCUUUCUCUUG